GUCAGUCGCUAUGACAACGACAACGCGGAGUGUUCUAGUUUUUGUUCUGUUCCUCCUUCGGCCGCCGAACAUACAGGGUGAAUCGCUGACGCCGCCCUAUUUCAACUUGGCCGAAGGCAAGAACAUCACGGCGUCGGCGACAUGCGGGGAAGGCAUCGAGGGGCCCGAAUUGUUCUGCAAGCUCAUAGGGGCCGAUUCGGAAAACGAGCUCUCGGUUAAUUUGAUACAGGGACAGUAUUGCGAUAUAUGCGAUCCCAACAGACCGGACAAGCGACAUCCUCCGGAAUUCGCUGUAGACGGACGGGAGGCCUGGUGGCAGAGUCCGCCCCUGUCAAGGGGCAUGAAAUACAACGAAGUGAAUUUGACCAUCGAUUUGGGCCAGGAAUUCCACGUGGCCUAUGUAUACAUCAAAAUGGCCAAUUCCCCUCGCCCCGGUUUGUGGAUACUGGAAAAAUCUGUCGACCACGGGAAAACCUUCACCCCUUGGCAAUAUUUCUCCGACAAUCCCUCAGAUUGCGAGACAUUCUUCGGCAAGAAGAACAACGAGCCCAUCAAAGAGGAUGAUUCCGUCAUUUGUACCAACGAGUACUCCAAAAUAGUACCGCUUGAGGGUGGUGAGAUACCGAUCAGUUUAUUAAACCAACGUCCCUCUGCGAACUUCUACUUCAACUCCACGGUACUACAAGAGUGGACGAGAGCCACGAACGUCCGGCUCCGAUUCCUAAGGACCAAAAACCUGUUGGGGCAUUUGAUGUCUGUCGCUCGACAAGACCCCACCGUCACCAGACGCUAUUUCUACUCCAUCAAAGAGAUCAGCAUCGGCGGUCGGUGCAUGUGCAACGGUCACGCCGAAGCUUGCGACAUACCCGAUCCCCGCGACAACAAGGUCCUGUUGUGCAACUGCAAGCACAACACGUGCGGCGCCAAAUGCAAUAAAUGCUGUCCCGGUUACGAACAGAAAGCCUGGAGGAUAUCCAAGCUGGAGGAGCCCUUCUCCUGCGAACCUUGCAAUUGCUUCGGCCACAGCGACACCUGCGUCUACGACGAAGAGAUCGACAGAAAGCGACUAUCGUUGGACAUCCACGGGAAAUACGACGGCGGCGGCGUCUGCAAAAAUUGCAGGGACAACACGGAUGGCAUUAAUUGCAACAAAUGCGUACCGAAGUACUUUAGGCCGUACCACAAGCACUGGAACGAAACCGACGUCUGUCAACCGUGCCAAUGCGAGACGUUCUUCUCGACGGGCAACUGCUCGGAGGGCUCGGGCCGCUGCGAGUGCAGAAAGGAAUUCACGCCGCCCAAUUGCGACAGCUGCAGCUUCGGCCACUACGGCUAUCCGGACUGCAAGCCUUGCGACUGCUAUUUGAACGGGACGCGCGACUUGCAGUGCGCGCCCCAACACGGCGAUUGCACGUGCCUCUCCAACUACGGCGGCAAGUUCUGUCGCGAGUGCGCCGAAGGUUUCUUCGAUUUCCCCCACUGUUCACAAUGCGAAUGCAAUCCUAAAGGUUCGGUGUCAUCGUCUUGCGACCAGUUAACAGGACAGUGUACUUGCAGGAAUACAUACGACGGUUUGAAGUGCGAACAAUGCAGGAACGGUUACUUCUACAAAGACGACGAUUGCGUUUAUUGCAAUUGCGACACGGGCGGCACCGAGCCGGAGAUAUGCAGCAAAGAAACGGGCACGUGCAUGUGCAAGCCGGGUUACGGGGGCGCGCGUUGCGACACCUGCCUGCUGGGCUACUACGGCUAUCCGGAUUGCAAGCCGUGCGAUUGCAGCAAGCAGGGCUCGCACGGCACGUCCUGCGGCCCGACCGGCAAGUGCUCCUGUUUGUUCAACUACGCCGGCAAGACGUGCAACCAGUGCAAUCCUGGAUACUACGAUUAUCCCGAUUGUAAAUCUUGCAAUUGCACAGACGAAGGUUCGGUGGGUUUAUCCUGCGAUCAAACCGGCAAAUGCCAGUGCAAAGGAAACUUCGCUGGUCCGAGGUGCGACGUUUGCGAGGAAGGAUUCUACAACUUUCCGGCUUGCGAAGAUUGCAACUGCCACCCCGCAGGAGUCGUGGAGGGUUUCGCCGGUUGCGGAUCCGUCCCGGCGGGUGAAUUGUGCCAGUGCAAGGAACGCGUCGAAGGAAGAAUAUGCGACAGGUGCAGGCCGCUCUAUUGGAACUUGAAUUUGAACAAUCCGAACGGUUGCGAGGAAUGCGAUUGCAACCGCAGCGGCGUCCUGGGCGGUAUCGGAGUCUGCGACACCGAAAGCGGUCAAUGCGUGUGCAAACCUGCUGUGGUUUCCAGAUCGUGCUCGGUGUGCUCCGAUGGCACCUACGCCUUGGAAGACACCAAUUUGUUCGGUUGCAUUGAUUGCGGUUGCGACGUUGGAGGUUCGAUAAACAACAUUUGCGACAAGAAAACAGGCCAGUGCACGUGUCAACCGCGCGUAGAAGGGCGUACCUGCACGGAACCGCUGCAAGCGCACUACUUCCCGACACUCUAUCAGUACCAAUACGAAUUGGAGGACGGGCAUUCGCCUGAGAACUCCAGAGUGCGGUACGAGUACGACGAAAAAGUCUUCGCCAAUUUCUCCUGGAAAGGUUACGCCGUCUUUUCGUCGGUGCAACAACGCGAGGUCAUCCAGGAGAUCGCCAUUAUGAAGCCGUCUUUGUACCGCAUGGUGUUUCGAUUCGUCAAUCCCAAUCCGCAUACGGUCAUCGGAUCGGUGAGGGUUGUAGCGGACAAUCCCGGCGACUACGAGCAGGAGAUUAAAGUGCAAUUCAGAAAUACCUCCCAACCGGAAUUGGUGACUGUUUCAGGAGAGACAGGCAACAUAGCUAAACCUUUCGUCUUGAAUCCGGGAAGAUGGUCUGUGAUAGUCAACGUGAACGAAACUGUGUUUUUGGAUUACUUCGUACUUUUGCCCGAGGAUUUCUACUUGGCUACGGUUUUAAACCAGAAAAUCGAGAAACCUUGCACGAUAGGGGAAAGGGAAUUGUGUGUACAUCACGCUUAUCCUAACAGCACCAUUUACGACAAAUCCUGGGGUUCCGGAGGUUUUCGACCGGGCAACCAACCGGUCACCGAAUGGUUCAAGAACACUACACACUUGCGCGAAUUGACUAAAUUCACCCACAAAGUACCGCUACUGGACGACUCCCAAUCGGAAGUGUCUUUCAAUAUAUCCCUCGAGACACCCGGAGAUUACGUCAUAGUGGUCGAUUACGUAACGCCUUUAGAUGAUCUACGCACGCACCAAGUCGACGUCAUUAGGGACGUCAAUGAUGGUCAAUUAGGCACGUUGAAAUUGUACGCGUGUCCUUACACGUUCCUAUGCAGACAGGUGGUUAUCAACAACGAUCGCGAAGGCGUUUCUGUCUACAAUGUGAAUGGAAAUUAUAUCGUGAUUACACUGAAGAGCACCCAAUCGAAUGUCGGCAUCCAAUCGGUCACCGCCAUACCGUUAUCGGAAUGGUCUUUGGACUUUAUCACUCCCAAGCCGGUGUGCGUGAGGAAAAACGACGAUUGUAUUCCAUUCACCUUCCCCGAUCUCCCGGAAAGCAAACGGAUUCCGUUCAAUCAGGAGACCGGCGACGUAGACGAACUCGCCAAAAACCGCCCGCCCACAAGACAAAUAUCCAACACCACCUACGUGUGGUUGAAUCCCGCCGAUACCACCGUCGAUUUACGCGGUAAAGUCCCCCAACCGGGGGCGUACGCCAUCUUGGUGCACUACCACCAACCUCACUAUUCAGCGUUCGACGCGCCCGUCGUCGUUCAAAACGGCGUAUUCUACGAGGCUUCCGUGCGAUUGGAGCACUGCCCGUCGACGUCCGGAUGCCGGGCGGCGGUCACGCUCGGCCCCAAAGGCCGCAGUUAUCAAUUAACAGAAAAUUUCAUGGUAACGGUGCGCCUGCCGGAAGAUAGAGACGUGUAUUUGGAGUACCUGCUGGUGGUGCCUGAGGAUUUGUACGACGAACGCUCCCUCCAACCGGGCGAUUUGGAUCGUACGGGUGAAUUCGUGUCCACUUGCGGUCGCAACCACUUCAACAUCGAUACAACCGCUGAAGGCUUCUGCAAGAAGGCGGCAUUCUCGAUCAGCGCGGCGCACAACACGGGCGCCAUCCCCUGUUCCUGCGACUACGAGGGCUCUACCAGUUUCGAGUGCGAGAAAUUCGGCGGACAGUGUCCCUGCAAACCGAACAUAAUCGGACGCAAAUGCGAAGCGUGCCGCGUCGGUUUCUACGGUUUCCCCGAUUGCAAACCGUGCCGGUGCCCAUCCACGGCCUAUUGCCAACCGAACACCGGAGAAUGCAUCUGUCCCACGCACGUAAUAGGCGAGAAUUGCGAUCAAUGCGAACCGAAUACCUACGGAUACCAUCCUAUAGUCGGUUGCGAGGAAUGUAGAUGUCAUUAUUUGGGAACCAACGGUACUAGCCAAUGCGAUCUGCUAAGCGGAGCCUGUCCAUGCAAACCGAACAUAAUGGGUCGCACGUGCGACCGGUGCAGAUCCGGCGCCUACGCUUUCCCCUACUGCGAAUCCUGCGAAUGCAACACAGCAGGUACCACGGCGGAUAUAUGCGACAACCGCACGGCCGAGUGUUUCUGCAAAGCCAACGUCGUCGGGCCGCACUGCGAGUUCUGCAGAGAGGGCUCCUUCCACUUGGAGGCGUCGAACCCGGCCGGCUGCACCGAAUGCUUCUGCUUCGGAAAAACGUCGAGGUGCUCCGGGUCCGGCUUGGCGAAGGUGGCGCUCCACGAGAUGGCCGAUUGGGAGCUGGUGGCCGUCGAGCCUGCGGAAGAAUUGAACGUGACUUCGUUGCACGUCGAACUGCAAGACUUCGACGACGGCAACGGCGUCGUAGGCGUCGAUUUCGACUACUUGAACGUCUCGACGGCGUACUUCGCCGCUCCGUCGGAUUAUUUGGGGAAGAAGCUCACGUCGUACGGGGGUUUUUUGAACUAUAGCAUAUUCUACGAUAUCGGAACGGGAGGAUCCGCUGUGAGCGGACCCGAUGUUAUUCUAGCUGGAAGAACGCUGUACUUGACAUUCAACAACUUGGAGCAACCGCCCGCUUCUUUGGAAUUCCUAACGACGCUACAAUUGGUGGAAAAUAACUUCGAUCUCUCCAACGGCGAAGUGGCUAGAAGGGAGCACAUAAUGGAAGUGCUGAAAGAUCUCCGUGGCGUCUACAUCAGAGCUACAUACUGGACCAAAACCAAAUCGACCAGAUUAAUGAACGUGGUACUAGACGAAGCCAUAGAAGUCGACGGUUACGCCUCCAAUUCCCCUCUAGCGCAAUCGGUGGAGCACUGUCACUGUCCUCCCAACUACCAAGGACUCUCCUGCGAGGACUGCUCGCCAGGUUACUACAGAAUCCCGUCAGGACCUUACGGGGGAGUUUGCGUACCCUGCGAUUGCCACGGACACGCCGACGAAUGCGAUGUCAACACCGGCAAAUGCAUAAAUUGCGUUCACAACACGAGAGGUGAUCACUGCGAAUUUUGCGAAGUAGGUUACCACGGAAACGCCUUGGCUGGAACUCCGAACGAUUGUCUAAUAUGCGCUUGUCCUCUGCCCAUAGCGAGCAACAAUUUCGCCACGGCUUGCGAUUUGAGCUCUGACGGCGAAAAGAUCAGUUGCGAGUGCAAAGAAGGCUACAUCGGCGCCAGGUGUCACUCCUGCGCGCCCGGGUUCUACGGUAGACCGGAACAACAAGGUGACUAUUGCAAACCGUGCCAAUGUUCCGGCAACAUCAACCCCGACGAUCCGUACUCCUGCGACACCGUCACCGGCGACUGCAAGCGCUGCCUGAACAACACCUACGGCGAGGCCUGCGCCGUCUGCAAACCUUGGUUCUACGGCGACGCCGUCUCACUGAAGAACUGCCAGAUGUGCGUUUGCGACAACUUGGGCGCCGAACGUUGCGACAGCUUCACGGGCAAGUGCGUGUGCAAGCCGAACGUGAUCGGCGAGAAAUGCGACCGGUGCGCCGACGAGCACUUCGGCUUCCCGAGCGGCGCCGGUUGCAGACCGUGCGAGUGCGGCGCCGCCUCCGAGAGCAACCAGUGCUUCGAGGUGACGGGGCAGUGCAAAUGCAAGCCCGGGGCGACCGGCAGAGCGUGCGACCGGUGCUCGGCUGGUUAUUGGAACUACACGUCCGAGGGAUGCGUGUCGUGCGGCUGCAAGAGCGAGUACUCCCUGGGUUUCGGGUGUAACGCUUUGACGGGGCAAUGCGAGUGCCUGCAGGGUGUUAUAGGCGAGAAGUGCAACCAGUGUCCUCAUAGAUGGGCGUUCGAACCGAACUUCGGUUGUCAUCAGUGCGAUAGUUGUCAUCACGCUCUUCUCGAUGAAACCGAUAGCCUUGCUGCGCUUAUCGAUCCAGUUAUCUCCGAUUUUGGUUCGACGCAAUCAGGGUAUUUCACUAGAAGGAGACUGGAAAACAUGCGGGAACAACUGGAUAAACUGCAACCCGUUUUCGACGAAGUCAAUCCAAGUCAAAUCAAUUUGAAUGACUCCAUCAAAACUUUAGAAGGUUUAGAGCAAGACUCGAAAAAUUUGAAUAGAAAAUCUAAUUUCUCGUUGGUAAACAGCGAGACGACGAAAAAUACAUCAGAAAAACUAAAAGACAAAAUCGAGUUGAUGCUGGACGAAUUAUCCCAAGUGGAAGAAGACGCCAUCAGAACGGCCGAGAACAUCGAUAAAAUAUUCACUGAAAUGCACCAGCAAGCCGAUGACGAAGUGGACAAAGCUCUACAAGAAGGCCAAGCGAUGCUGGACGAAAUGAAAUCACACAAUUUAACCAAAAGCGAAACGAACGCCGUAAAUUCCUUCAACAAAGUGGAAGAGCUCUUGAAGAACGUGACCCAAUUCAAAGCGCCCGUCGACGAAUUGAAAAACCGCGUUCAAACUAUCGAAGGCGAUUUGAAACGUUUCAACGACAAACUAGACGGACUCUACAAUCACACGCAAUUCUCCUUGAAUAUGGCCAAGGAGGCGGAAGACAUCAUCGCCAAAAUAGGAAAAGACAGAUUGAAAACCAAACUGGACGACAUCGAAACCAAGCUGCGCCAAUCCAAAAUCAACCUCGACGACUCCGACAAGUACCUCAAAAACGCCUCCGAUCUUCUAACAAUCUCCGUGGGGAAGCUCAAGAACCUCCAAGACGCCCCGGAGUCGCUAACCACCGUCAAUCGCGACUUCAACGCCGAACUGGAACGCAACCGGGCCGAACUGGACGACAUCGCCCGAAUCAAACCCCAAGUGGAAGAGCACGCCAACAGCCUCUCCGACAGAGUGCAGCAACUCGAGCACAUCCUCUCCGAAUCGCAGUUCGGCUCGCAGGACGCCGUCAAGGCGGCCAGGGCGUACAAGGACAUCGUCGAGGCGGUGAAGGACGCCAGGGAGGCGGCCGACGCGGCCCGUCUCGACGCCGAUCACGCCGCUGACAUCUUGAACAACGUGCAGGAGAGGUGCAACGACGCCGAGACCAGCUCGGCCAAGGCUCUGGACGAUGCGUACGCCUCGAAACGGUCCACCGUCGAGGAGCUGGAGCCGAGGCUGAAGAACGUCAGCGACGUUUACGAGCCGAUUAAGGAGAUGCUGAACGACGCGGGAAAGCUACUCGAUGAUAUACAGAAGAUUAUGGAUAACAUUCACGUGCAGGACUUGGAUGAGCGGUACAAAACGGCUGCUGAUAACGCUGACGAUGCUUUUGCUUCUUUAGGAAACGUGAAGGUCUCAUACGAUAAUCUGCCUAAAGAAAAAGAACAAGCAGCCCUCCUUCCGAAGGAAAUCGACGACAUGCGACGCAACAUCGGCCAAACGGACAAGCAGAUCACAUCGGUGAACGAGCGCCUUCCACCCAUCGCGGAGUCGUUGAAUCGGCUGCCGCAAGACGCGGCUGAAGCCAAAGUAAAAUCGGACGCGAUACGCUCCAAUCUGAUGAAACUCAAGGAGCAAAUCGAAGUCGCUAGAGACAUAGCGAACAGAAUCAAAGUGGGCAUGCGGUUCUUCACGAACACCACUUUGGAGCUGCGCAAUCCGAAAAACCUGGAAGCGUUGAGCUCGUCGUCGAAGUUCUCGGGGUAUUUCAAGACCAGCGAUCCCAAGGGAUUGGUAUUCUAUAUCGGAAAUCCUAACGCUACGCACCUGCCCAAGCCGAAAUCGGAGGAUUACAUGGCGUUGAUAAUCCAAAAUGGUUUUCCGGUGUUGAAAUUCAACAUAGGAAAUGGCAACGAACAAAUUAUUAAUCCAAAAUACGUAGCGGACGAUCAAUGGUACCAAUACAUCAUAGAAAGGAUCGGUUUUAAUACGAAAUUAUCCAUUCGCGAAGACCUGGGUAAAGGAUUAGUUAACGUUACCACCGCUGAGAAAUCUACCUCCGGUCCCUAUACAGUAUUCAAUCUGGAUCAGGAGAAUUCCAAGAUCUUCGUCGGAAGCGUGCCCAACAACUACCAGGUGCCAGAGGGUCUGGACUCGGGCGCCUUCUCCGGCGAAAUGGAGGACAUGGUGAUCGGCAACACGCCCGUUUCAUUAUGGAACUUCAACGAAGGCUACGAGAACAACCACGGGGCGCUCGAGAGGGACAAACUGGUGAACUUGUCGCCGAGCAACGGGUUUAGAUUCGACGGCAACGGUUACUCCACUUUGGACAUUCGAUUCGUGUCCAUUAGAUCCAAAUCGACCAUACAAUUGUACUUCAAGACCUUCUCGAAGACGGGAUUGAUCUUUUUGGCGCUUGGAGAACGUUCAAAGAAAAUGUUCAUUUCAUUGGAGAUGCACAACGGCAAGGUUUUGUACCAGUACAAUCUCGGCGGAGCUACUAAGAAAUGGAUCACCUCGAAGAACUACAACGACGGCGAAUGGCACAAAGUAACAGCGAGCAGAGACGGCCCCAACGGAAAAUUGGUCGUCGAUUCCGAAGAUGUGAUCGAUAUGAGUGCACCGAUCUCCGAAUCCAUUCUAGAAUCCAUGACUACCAUCUCCUUCGGAGGUUACCCGUACAAGCACAACCAAUCCGACGUUACCUCCGUCAACUUCGACGGUUGCAUCACGAAUAUCACGAUAAACGGGGAAGCCAUUGAUUUGGCAAACAACAUACAAGCGUUCGGCGUGGAACCUGGUUGCCCCGAUAAAUGGCCAUCGAUGGUGUCCUUUGCCAGAGACAACUACCACUACGUCGGUUGGGAUAAAGUGGCGUUAACCAACGAAUUUAAUAUGAGCCUGAGAUUCAAAACUAAAGACGCAGACGGGCUGAUUUUACACAUAUCCGAUCCCACGCAAGACAAUCUCAUAUCUCUUACAUUACUAAACGGUAAAUUGAUUCUGGUCGAUCAAAAAAUAGAACUACAAUCGAAAGGGCUGUACAACGACAACGAAUGGCACGUUGUGUCCGUCAUACACAACCACACCUACCUGCGAAUGGAUAUAGACGAUACAGAGAACCAAGUAACGGAUACCCAACCGCCGUUCCUCCAUUCCCUAACGGCCGGUUUGUACGUGGGCGGUCUACCCAAGCGAAUCAACCAAACAACUACACCGCAACUCUUCGGUUGCAUCACAGAUUUAACAGUGAACGGUAGAGUAAUGAACUUCAUUAAAGCCACCGCUAAACACCACGUCAUAUUAGACAAGUGCAUCCUGGAUCCGCAACCAGCGGACCACGAACACACUUUGCCGGAUUUGAAACAGACCGAAAAUACAAACGUCUAUAUCACCGAACCCCCCGUAGCCACUACAGAAAAUCCCACGAAUGAAUUAGACGCGAAUAGAGGCGACGGCGGUAAGGAUUACAGGCCGAUCGAACCCCAACCUGAACCUGAACCCGAACCGGAGGUAGAUUUAGUAAUCACUACCGUUCACCAAACUGAACCAACCACCAAGCCGCCACCUCCUACUGAUAGAUGCGCUCUUCCGCCGAACCCCGUGCAGGAGAACGAGCAAAUCGUUGGUUACAGAUUCGUCAGUCCGGAUAGCAGAUUGGAGUGCAAGACCGCCAGAGGGAAGUACAAGAAGAACUUCGAUUUCCGAUUAGAGUUUAAGACCAGAGAACCGGACGGCGUGCUUUUCUACGUGACCGGAAGUUCGUCCACGCAAGACCGCAAACACUACGCAGCGGUUUACCUGCUGAACGGUCACGUAAUGUUCAGUUUCCGCGGCGACGGCGAGACUCUGGCGAUCAAAUCGGCUGGAACCUACAGCGACGGUGAAUGGCACAUGGUGGAGUUCACCAAGGAACACGGUCAAGGUAAAUUGGUGAUGGACCAAGAGGACAUCCAGUACGGCAGUUUGGGACCUGGCCCGUUAAUGUUGGACCUGCAGCCGCCUUUCUACGUGGGCGGCCUUAAUCCGGAACUGUACCAAUCGGUUCAACAAAAUUUGAACACCUCGGCCGGCUUCUCCGGAUGCAUUAGGAGCCUGUCGAUGAACAGCAGGCCUUUAGAGCCUUCCGAGGAGUACGGGGUAAUACCGUGCUCGGAUAAUUUGGAGCUGGGGACGUACUUCGGUGGCGGAAGUCAUUCGUACGUAAGAUUGAAGGAGAAGUACAAAGUAGGCGUGUUGUUUAGUAUCAAGAUGGACGUGAAACCGAGGAGCGAUUCCGGUCUUUUGGUAGCGGCUCACGGGAAACGGGAUUAUUACAUAUUGGAGUUGGUGAAUGGAACUGUGAGGUUGCACGUAGAGAAUGGGAAAGGGCCGUUUUCGGCCAUCUUUAUACCACCUCAUAAUAAUCCGUUCCAUUUGUGCGACGGUAAUUGGCAUAAUAUUCAAGCCGUUAAGUCGAAGAACGUGGUGACACUAUCAGUGGAUAACAUGUACACGGAUCCGAAGAUAGGGCCCCAUUCGAAGUCGACCGAUACCGGUAGCGCCCUCUUCCUAGGAGGACAUCGAUACAUCCACAGGGUGCGGGGAAUCCAUUCGAGAACUUCCUUUACUGGUUGCAUCAAAAAUAUCGAGAUCAACAACGAACCGUUGGAAAUAACCAGCUCUAUGAUCAAUCAAAAUAUUACCAUAGGUUUUUGUCCCACUAAUUAGUUUUUCGUCGGUUUAUAUUUUGAUUAAUUAAACUAUGUUAAAAAUUAGUAAUCAUUUUAUUAUCGUUCGUAUGUGUUUUGUAAAUAAUAUUGAAGAAGAAGCAUCGAUUUUGUAGUACAAUUAGAAUAAAACGACACACUUUA